UGAGCUGUAUAGUCUCCUCCUCCUUGUACCCUCCCCACCUGCGCUGCGCUGUGUGUUUUCUUUCCCCACCUCUCCUCCUCCUACCUCCUACCCUCCCACCUACCUCUCUGCCUCCUCCCCUCAUCCUUCUUCAUUCCCCAAUUGAGUCGACGCCAGGGGAGCCACCUGCGCCGCACCGAGGAUCGUGUCUCCUGGUCUUGCCCCGAUCCAGCAAAUUCGCCCCUUUCUUGCUCUUGCCGCGGCAGAGCAGUCCGAGGAGAGAUUUUCGGAGCCGAGACUCAGAGCUUCCGUCUCCUUCCUCGUUCUCGGAUUGUUCUUGGUUGUUGCCGAGGGUAGUGCAGGCUGCUAGGGUUGGCCGGUUGAUUCUCUGCGCGUGCGGGCGGCGUAUAUACGUGUCAUGAGAAGAUGAUGCGCGCCAAGGGCAAAGCUACAUUCUUGGACGCCAUGAAGGAGACCACCUCCCCCGUCUCUCCCGCGGCGGCCAAGGAGGCGCUCAAGGAGGACGAGUGGGAGGUGCGGCCCGGCGGGAUGCUGGUGCAGAAGCGCGACCCGGACUCGGACGCCCCCGCGGGCGCGCCCGUGCCCACCGUCCGCCUCAAGGUCAAGUUCAACGGCGUCUCCCACGAGAUCUACAUCAACUCCCAGGCAUCCUUCGGCGAGCUGAAGAAGAUGAUGUCCGAGAAGACCGGGCUGCACCACGAGGACCAGAAGGUGCUCUACAAGGGCAAGGAGAUGGACUCCAAGGCCUUCCUCGACAUGUCCGGCGUCAAGGACCGCUCCAAGCUGGUGCUGCUCGAGGACCCCGACGCGCAGGCCAAGCGCCUCAUCGAGCAGCGCCGCGCCGACAAGGCGCACCGCGCCUCCAAGUCCGUCUCCCGCAUCAGCCUCGACGUCGACAAGCUCGCCACCAAGGUGUCGGCGCUGGAGGCCAUCGUGCGCAAGGGCGGGAAGGUGGUGGAGGCCGACGUGGUCGCCCUCACCGAGGCGCUCAUGACGGAGCUGGUCAAGCUGGACGCCAUCGCCGCCGACGGCGAGGUCAAGGCGCAGCGGCGAUUGCAGGAGAAGCGGGUGCAGAAGUACGUGGAGACGCUGGACGUGAUCCGGGCCAAGAACGCGUCGGCGCCCACGGCCAACGGCAACGGCCACGCCAAGAACGCGGCGGCGCCCAAGGCCAACGGCCACGGCAAUGGGCCGGCGAAGGCCGACCGGUCGCUGCACCUGCCGCCGCGGCCGCCGCCCGUGUCGCAGCGGCGGCAGUUCAAGCAGCAGCCCGCGCCGGCGACCGGCAAGGCUGCGGCGGCGCCGCCCACGGCGAGCUGGGAGACGUUCGACCUGCUGUCGUCAAUGCCGUCGACGUCGUCGGCCACGGCGACCACCACCAUGGCGGCCGCGACCACCACGACGAAGCCGGCCAACAACAGCACCACCUCGCCGAUCCCGCGGUUCGACUGGGAGCUCUUCUAGCCGCAACGCGCGUACCGCCCGUGACGGCAUGGUACAUGCCCCUGCCUAGCUUGAUUCCUUUCUCGUGCGUCCAUCCAUCAGUCGAUCGCUCUGCUCUGCUCGAUCCGACCCGACCAAUCUGGUGCCGAUUGUUUGCUCCUCCGUCUGUUUAUUCUUUCCUUUUCCUCGAUGGAUCGUUUCCCCCAUUUUUCUUUCUUUUACAUUUGUUCCGAGUGUAUGUAUGUAUGUACAUCAAACAACAGAAGAUGAACAGGCCCUGGCCGGUGAAGUGGCGAGCGUGUUCGUCCAUUCCGUUCCGUCCCGUCCCGUCCGUGCAGAAAAUAAGCGCCGGUGGUGGUCUUAGUGUGAAGGAUUUUUCUUUUGAAAAAUAGCAUGUAUAUGUGAUUCAUACUACCUACAUACUACUUAAAUCAAUCGAUUCCUCUA